AUGGAGUGCCAAAAAGCAUCCACCAUCCCUCCCAUCCCGCGUCGCAAGGCGGGUACGCACAUCACCAAGUUGGACACCAUGGGGAAGAUGAAGCGCAAGGAACGCCACGAAGCGGAGCUGUCGCAGAUUGAGAAGGACAUCGAAAAGCUCAGCAAGAAGCAGAUCAUCGUGAGACCCCAGGGUCUGGUGACGCUGGGCAAUCGGCCCGGCGAGGUGCAGCUGGCCGCACCAUGUGAGCGAGCAACAGUGCGCAAGCAGCUGGCCACUGGCAGGAAUUCACAGCGAAGCGAAGUGGCCAUGAAAACCUGUGGCCGCUCCAGGACCGGAUCUAUCCCCACUGCCCCGCCUGGAGAUGACUUGGCUUCGAUGGCUGGUGGAUUUCACCCGAAACACGGACGGAGCCGCAUUCUGCGCACUGCGCUGCGCACGCGAAAACGACGUUCCGAAAGCACAAAACGUCAACGACUGUCGGUGGCCGAUGUGUCGCUGGCCUGCUCUUUGUGCUCCGCAGUGGAGAAGGCCGGACAUGAGAAGAUCCGACAGUCCCAUCCCAGCACUUUGAGGUGGCUCCUCACCAGCCUACACCACAUUGACCGCGCCAUGGCCAGUCAGGCACAGCCGGCCCCCAAAGCUUCCGCCAAGGCAGCAGAACCUAAGACUGCCAAGGCGCCGGAGCCCAAGGAGCCCAAGGCUGCACCGAAGGCGGCACCGAAGGCGGCAGCGAAGAUUGCCAUAUCGCUUUCCAUGGCGGGUGACACGGAAGACGAGAGCCAGGCCUUUUGGGAGGCCUACCGUCUGCUGGGCGAUUGCUACAAGGCGGACCUGGACCGCCUCCGCGGCCGCCGCCCCAGUGGCGCCGAGGCGGCGGCCGCACCGCCGGUGCACCCGGUGCCGCCCGAAACGCCGGAGGCGCCCAAGACGAAGCUGCGAGGCCUGGGAAGAGAAGCGGUGGAUGAUGACCUGGCGCGAUUGCAGGGACAUAAGUUGCAGCAGGUGCUGUUCUCAAGAGCUGGUGAGAUUGAGAAUGCGGCUGUGCACAGUGACAAUGAGGAGGAACACGAAGAAUUUGAUCCGCGAGCCUGUUGGUUGAUGGAGCAGAGCCCUCUGAGCCCCAGCGUUGUCCGACGGAAAAGUAUGAUGAGUUUGGGCUCUCGGGCGCAUGCCAUCGAAAACUUCGCGGCAGCGCAGCCGCGGUUCCUGAUGUUUUCGCCCUUCAAACCAUUCCGGCAGGUCUGGGACAUGCUGGGCGUCCUGUGUAUCACCCUGGAACUGAUCCUGAACCCACUCCAUUCCUUCGUCGAACUCUGGCCUCAUGGACGUCUGGGCGCACUGGCCGUCAUCGAGGUCGUGCUGCUGUCCUUCUGGAACCUGGAUAUCCUGAUAACGCUACGGACGGCGGUGUUUUCCAAUGGAAACCUGGACUUCAGGCAAGCAAGAAUCUUUCGGAGAUAUGCCGAAGGCUGGCUGCUGUUCGAUCUGAUCUACGUGAUCUUCGGCUGGGUCAUCAUCGCCGCCGAGCAGCCCUUCCUUCGUUUGCUGCAGAUCGCUCUGCGUUUGCUGCGCUUGGCACGGCUGAAUCGCGUGCUGGGGCAGAUCGAAGGCCAGUUGAUGUCCGAUGUCUUGGUGGCGAAGUUCAACAUCUCCACACUCUCCGUGCAGAUCCUGUUGAUCCUCCACGCCAUGGGCUGUGCCUGGUACUUCGUGGGCAGCGCCGAUGGCGGUUGGGUUUCGAGAUCUGGUGUGGACAGGGGGCCGCUGAUGCACCGCUACGCCACGUCGUUGUAUUGGAUGUUCUGCCAGAUGGGGUUCGGGUUGUCCGAAAUCGUGGCGGCCACCGAACUGGAAGUGAUCUUUGGACUGACGGCCUCCAUCGCAGGGCUGGCCAUCUUCUCCUUCUUCCUUGGGACCAUCACUUCCAACAGCGCCUUGUUGGGAAAGGCGCAGGAAGAGCAUCGCCAGCAGUUCCGGAAGCUGCGACGCUAUCUGACCUAUUUCCAGGUGGAUGCGGAUUUGAGCGAACGUGUGACCCACUUCCUGGAACGGGCCUACGUCUUAGACCGCGAGGGUCGCCCGGAGUCUGAAGUUCCCUUGCUGGCGCUGCUGUCCAAGCCCAUGCAACGCGAGUUGCGCUUCGCCCGCUACGAGGGCUGCUUGCGGGAGAUCGGCUUCUCGCGGUACUUGUCGCAUUGCGGCCACGGACCAGCUGAGCUGUUAGCUUUGCGCCAUUUGGCCACCCAUGCGAUUUCUCAGAGCACCUUGGCUGCGAAGGACGCAGUCUUCGAGGCUGGCUCUGUGGCCUACGAUGCGCAUUUCCUGGCGCAUGGGAGUUUCGAGUACGUGCUGAACAUGUCGCAGAGGGUGGAGCAUCAGCGAUGGGUCAGUGAAAUGACCCUGUGGACACCUUGGCUGCACUUGGGUGACUUGACCACCAGCGAAGACAGCGGCGUGGUGAGUUUGAGCGCCAACAACUUCUUCGACUGCAUGCGAAGGUGGUGGAACUUGUUUGAGAUGGCGCAGGCCUAUGCCAGAGAGUAUGUCAAGAGCAUGAGCAGCUUCGCCGCCGUCACGGACCUCUGGCAGGGCGUAGUGCUGGCGGACGAGCAUCGACCUUCGCUGCGGUCCUCCGGAAGUUUCCAGGUGCUGGGGCGUCUCGGAGGGCCUAAGAAGUAUCAGUGUGGCACGAUGCCCGAGUUGUGUUCCGCGUGUUUGCCCAAUUCGUUUGGUCAAAAGGAGGCGGGUACGCCACAAGGAGGCUCCAGCAAGAAGGAAGAGAAGAGAAAAGCAAAGGAGGCGGAAAAGAAGGCCAAGGAGGAGGAGAAAAAGAGAAAAGAGGAGGAAGCGCUCGCCGCGAAGAACGCCAAGUUUGCGGGUCCAAAUCUGGACUUCAAAAACUUUCAGGAGCAUGCUUUCGGAAACGUCUUCAUUCAGAGCCAGUGCCACACAGAUCGACAAUGGACGAAUGUGGGUGCGCUGAAGCCAGAGAUGAAGGAUUCAAUGGUGUGGAUCCGCGCCAGGGUGCACAACACCCGCAAGCAGGGCAACAAGCUUUGCUUUCUCACCUUACGUCAGGAUGUGGCCACGGUGCAGGCCGUCACUUUCGGACAGGACAUCGCCGGCUUCUCCGGGACCCUGCCUGAUGAGUCGGUGGUGGAUGUCUUUGGCAAGGUGGCUUGUCCAGAGGCGCCCAUCGUGUCAUGCACGGUGCAAAACGUGGAACUUUCUGUUGAGAAGAUCUUCUGCGUUGGCCGGUCGCAGGCCUUGCCAUUGCGCCUGGCAGACGCAUCCAGAAGUGAGGCGGAGUUGGAGAAAGAUCCAGCGUUGCCCACGGUGGGUCAGGACGUCCGCUUGGACAACCGCAUCAUCGACCUGCGAACGGUGGCGAACCAAGCCAUCUUUCGUCUCCAGUCUGGAGUGUGCAUGCUCUUCCGGGAGUUUUUGCUGCAGAACGAUUUCCAGGAGAUCCACACUCCCAAGCUCAUCGGUGGCGCAUCUGAGGGAGGUGCGGCGGCGGAGUUAGGGAUCCAUGUAUCGAUCCAGCACUCUGCUUGGAAGAAUCGCCAGAACCAGAAGGUGCUGGGCCUUGGGCCCGACGCCAGCGAGCCCGAGGUGCGCAGCGCCUUCCGGCGUCUGGCGAAGGCGUAUCCCACCCAGACGUGGCAACGGGCAACGCCCAGCGCUUUCGACAAAUUCUGUGGGCUGCGGAGGAGCCGUCAUGAUACCAUGGCAGCUGCCGGGCAAUCAGUGGCUCAGCCAGCCACCAAGCUAUUGAUCUUGACACUAGUGACUGUCAACUGGGAAAGUCUGCGGUGCUGGACUUGUUUGCGAUUUGUGGAGAUGAUGUCCCAACAUCGGCAGUACCAUCAAAUGCUGCAGCGUUGCGAAGAUUGGCUGAAGGAUCCAUUUGCGGAUGAAGACGCGGAAGACUUUGACUUUGAAGGGUUCUUAGAAGAAGUGGCCAACUACGUUGAGUCCAAUAUGUCCAGUGAUGCGGACAAGGUCUUACAAACUCGAGUCGUGACUGUGACGACCUUGUACAAUGUGCAGUUGGCUGAGAUGGACUUGGCACAUGCCGCCAGGGAUUUCAGUGAUGCUGUGGAAGUUUCCCUGCGAUGUAGCGAGGCUCAUGAGAACCUCGGAGCUUCAAACGCUGCCGCGGUGGGGGUGGAAAAGGAUGGCCAUACAGAGAGCCCGUUGCUGUUGCUGCUGCGUGCCUAUUCCACCCUGAAACUGGCCUCGUUGGGGAACUUUGACUUCUACGCUGAAGGUUUCAGGGCCAUCGCGCGAGCUUUGCCGAAGUUGGAGGAGAGAUCCUGGAGGAGGGCCUAUCAUGUGCCCAUUGCGAAUGGAAAGAACCUGUUUCAGCCUUGGGAAGUCUUUCUUUUCUUCAUGAAGUCUGAUUGGCCCGUCCAUGGCUUGCUCAGCUGGCGUCGUGGCACUGCUGUAGCAAGCUUCAAAGAACUGGAAUGGGGGGGGCAUUCAGGUGCCACCUUGUUUUUGGACGUUCUCCGCCAGCCUUGCCGCGGGAUGAUGGCCCGGCAGGCCCCCACCGACCUGGGUGCAGUGGAAUGGCAGGAGGUCAUCCAGCAGUUGGAGUCGGAAGGGGCGGAGGAUCCACGUGGCAACUUGAGAGAAGUGUUGGCCGCUACCGCUGGCAGCAGUUUGGACUAUGUUCCGGAGCCGGUCGAGAAAUGGCAUGCAACAGAACGCUGGGAGAUAGAUCGGCCGCAGGGGGAGAUUGCCAUGUCGUUAGUGAAUUUCAACAACCGCUUAGUGCGCUUGUUGGAUCAGAUCCGCACCGAAAACGCCCUGCCGGGCGCCGACCGCCCAGUGCCCUGCUCCCUGCUGCAAGACGUCCGGGCGAAGCUGCGCACGGCCGCGGGGUUUCAGACGGCCUUCGUGCAGGGCUCCAGUUCCAGGGGGACCUCGGUGGAUGACAUGGGCGGCUUGGAUUGGGGUCAGGACUGCGCCAGCGACAUCGAUUUUGUGCUUCUCUUCACCACACCAGAUCCGGCGGAUCCUUCACCCGAUGCCUUCAAGGAACUGUGGAAGACGACGGAGGAACAGCUGGCUGGUUGGGACAUGGAUCCAGGUGUUCCGGUGACACUGAGUCGGGGAAGGUUCGGCUUGGUGGCAUCUCUGUCCGAAGAUUUGCAAAUUGAGGUGGACCUGAUCCCAGCCAUUUCAGAUCCCCAAGGUGGCCAUUGGAUCUUGGAUUCGGUGUCUGGAAAGGUCAUCCACAACAAUCCCAAAGCCCUGGCUGAGUUCAUGGAUCGGAAGGUGGCAACUUGUUUUGGUUGGGCUGACCUGGUCGUCCUCUGCAAGUUUUGGAACAAGCGCCGGCGAGUCGCUGUGAAUGGGCGGAUGAAAUCGCCCUUCACAUCUCUUCAUGUGGAAGUUGCCCUCACUACCCUGGAGGCCCCGUUGCCGCCCCGUUUGGACGCCGCCUUCCACCUGGCCCUCCGCGCCCUCCACGCGCAGCGCGACGCCUCGCCGGCGCCGUGGACGGGGCGCCCGGUGGCGGAGUACCUGGCGGAGGACGCGAAGCGGCGCCAUGGGGCCGUGGAGCAACUGGAGAAGGCCAUUGGUGUCGUGGAGGACGUACUGAGAAAACCACGAUCGGCGCCACAAACAGAGGCAUUGGUGGAACUCUUUCAGCUCACAGAUGAAGAAGAGCUGGCCACUCCCGAGGGCCGCCGCCGCUGGGCCACUGGCGCUGUGCCGCCGAACGCCGCAGCGGUGGCGGAGGCAGCGCAGCGGCCGUUCGAAGAAUAUGAGACACUGGAGAAUGAGAUCUUCGAUUUGGGGCAAAGUCCAUCCCCAAGACAGAAGAAACAGAAGCGCCCCUUCCAAGAGGCGGGCCGCCGCUGGCAGGAGCGCAAGCUGCGCGUCAGCGGCCGCGCCAGCGCGGCGCCGGAGAACUCGGCCAAGGUGAAGGGCGAGCGAAGGCUUCCAUCGCGACCGCAGUCGCUACAAGAAGAGCAAACCCUGGCAGAAGAAGCGGAAGUGAAACAUCCGGGGCGCGAACCUGAUGAGGCUCAGCAAAUGAUUGGUUUGGUUCAGUUGUUGCUACCUGAGGCGGAUGUGUUCCGCGUGGACUAUUUUGAGGGCAAUGCCUACUUGGCACAAAGUCCUCAGUUGUACAAACAGAUGGCCUUGAUGACCGAUAUGCCUCGAGUCUUUGAGGUGGGCCCGAUCUUUCGAUCUGAGAAGUCCUUCACUCACAGACAUAUGACCGAGUUCACUGGGCUUGACAUAGAGAUGACGUUCAAGGAUCACUACCAUGAGGUCUUGGAUGUUUUGGACGGUUUGUUCAAUCACAUCUUUAAAGGCAGUGUGGGUCGUCACGGUAAUCAUGAUGCUUGGGGGGUGGGGGAAUGGGUGUGA